AUGAGAUUUUUAAAAUUAAUUCUUUCAUUUGCAGCUGUUAAUGCAGCUUUGGUCAACUCAUUAGGUUUUGAAUCAGCCUAUAAUGUAACUUCUUGGACUCCAUGUAUGUACAAGUUAAAUGGUACACAAUGUGGUUGUGGUGGAUCUGGUGGUAUGGAUUGUUCCGGUCUUACCUCAACAUCAUAUAUUCAAGCUGGUUGGAGUGGUAUUUUAAGAACUGCUUCUCAACAAUUCACUCAAGGUCAACCAUGUGGUAGUGGACCAAACAGUUCAGGUACUUCAUCUGGUAGUGGUUCAUCAUCUGGUAGUUCAUCUGGUUCAUCAUCAGGUAGUUCAAGUGGAAGUAGCAGUGGUUCAUCUUCCGGAAGUGGUUCAUCAUCAGGUAGCUCAGGUAGCUCCAGUGGUGGCUCAAGUGGUAGCUCAAGUGGUAGCUCAAGUGGUAGCGGUAGCUCAAGUGGUAGCGGUAGCUCAAGUGGUAGUGGUAGCUCAAGUGGUAGCUCAAGUGGUAGCGGUUCAUCAUCUGGAAGUGGUAGCGGUUCAUCAUCUGGAAGUGGUAGCACUGUUGUUGAAAAUUUAGAUUCACAAGGUGAUUGCGGUCCAGCCAACACUGGUGCCUGUCAAAUUGGUGCUCUCUUCUUUUAUACCUUCCCAGGUGAAGCUCCAGGCCCAGGUCACGUUGUAAUGUAUAUUGGAAAUGGAAAUGUUGCUGAAUGUCCUCAACCAGGUCAAGAUUGUCAUGUCAUUCCAGCUUACACUGAAGAUUAUGUUGGUUGUCGUACCUAUUGUUAA